CAUGAAGAUGUGGGGGGAAAGUGAUCAUUUAUUUUAAUUGGAGAAGUUUGUAGUAUUACACUGUUUAUUAUAUGUUUACGUUGAAAUAUACAAUUAGCUACAGGUACAGAUUAUUGAAACGUUUUUGCUCUUCGUACAAUCUUUGCUAUUGCAUAUGUGCGUUUGAAAUUAAACGUAUUAUUGCAAACAUUUCCUUUUUUUAAUUUAUAUAAUUGUGUGUAAUAUUCCGAGUCCUCAGCCUCAGGGGUUGAAAGCAAACAUCUAUCAUAUCAUGGCUGCUGGUGAAGGAAAUCUUAUUUUGGGUAUUGACAUUGGCACAACAUCAGUGAAAGUUUGCCUUGUGGACCCAAACAACAAACAAGUUUUGUCAAAGCAGACUAAAGACACACAAGCCAAUGUCCCAAGUGAUCUGGGCUCUGAGGGCAAUAAGCAAGAUGUUCCAAAGAUCAUAUCAGCGCUCAACAGUUGUGUCUCCAGACUGCCGAAAGAUCAAUUAAAACAAGUGGGGCGCAUUGGUAUUUGUGGGCAGAUGCAUGGUGUUAUGUUGUGGUCUAACAAGGAAGAUAAGAAAGCUUGGGACUGCAUUGAAACAUACAUGGGAUGUAGGUUUGAGAUUCCCAAAGAGAAUGUAUCAGCUCUAUAUACCUGGCAAGAUACACGCUGUGAGCGAUCAUUUCUUGAUACACUCCCUGUGCCCCAGUGUCAUCUCCCAACAUAUUCUGGUUAUGGAUGUGCAACUCUCUUCUGGAUUACAAGAAACAGACCUGACAAAUUGGAACGCUAUAACAGAGCUGGAACGGUGCAGGAUUUUGCUGUGGCAAUGCUCUGUAACUUGGAUCAUCCCAUCAUGUCAGUUCAAAAUGCAGCAGGGUGGGGUUACUUUAACACCUGUGUGGCAGAAUGGAACUCUGAUAUUUUACAAGGGGCAAGCUUUCCAACACAUUUGUUACCACAUAUUGUGAAAUCAGGUGCAAUAGCUGGAACUUUGGAUCGGCCAUGGUAUGGAAUCCCUAGUGGAACUUCAGUAGGGGCAGCAUUGGGAGAUCUACAGUGUUCAGUGUUAGCUACAAUGCAGAAACCUGAUGAUGCUGUUCUUAACAUUUCAACAUCAGCACAACUUGCAUAUGUUAUGCCUCCACAGUUUGAACCCAACAUCCAGUGUCCAGUUGUUACACCAGUGGAAUACUUUCCAUAUUUUGAUCAAAAGUAUUUGGCAGUCGCUGCAUCUCUCAAUGGGGGCAAUGCUCUGGCAGCAUUUGUUUGUAUGUUACAACAUUGGACCCAUGAACUUGGCUUCAAUGUGACUCAGUCCAAGAUAUGGGACACAGUUCUGAGCCUGGGUGGACAGGACUGUGCUGUGUCAUCCUUGCGGGUUGUGCCAACUUUGCUGGGAGAACGCCAUGUGCCUGAACAGAAUGCAUCCAUUUUAAAUGUUGAUCCAGGUACUUUGGGUUUGGGCCAAGUAUUUCAAGCCGUAUGCUCUGGACUCAUAGAAAAUUUAUAUGGCAUGAUGCCUCGACAGAUGCUAGUGGCCUCCAACAUUGAGAGAAUAAUUGGUAUUGGAUCUGCCCUCACACGCAAUAAAGUUCUACAGAAGCAGGUACAAGAAUGGUACAAACUUCCUGUUGACUUCAUGUCAGGAGGUGAUGCAGCCAUGGGAGCAGCCUUGGCAGUGGUAGAAUGCCAGUAAAUUGCAUUCUGAGGUAAAACAGGGUUAAUGGCUGUAGCUAUAGUACAGUGAAAAAUGCUGUUGACAGCUGAUAAAAUGUAAAUAAAUGCUUGUAGUAGAUAUUUAUAUUAACGGUUAAGAUGUGAACAAAUGCUUAAAGAAGUUAGCAAUUGAUGUGGUGCUUUCUGAAAGAUUAGAACCUACAGGUUUUAGCACUGCAUGUUAUUUGUAGAUGUGUUAGAUACAUCAGUGUACACAUUGUGCAGGCCAGGUUAUGAUCAUUUUUCUGUUAUCAUUUCCACACAAAAAUAUUCUGCAUAGUGACCAUUUUGUUAGUUUGUGUUUCCCUGAAAUAAAUAGUAUGUUUAUAAAAACUGCACCCUACUCAAUAAUCUACCAUCUUAAAGACCUUGAGGACCAAACCUCAGCUUUGUUAUCAUAGUGACAUCAACUUUAAAUAUCGCUGUGCUAUUUUUUUCUAACCUUAAUAACCAUCAUGACAUUUACCUUGUAAAGGUCAGUUAUUAAAUAUAAGACUGUGAAAGUGCAAAGGGAAGUGUAAGUGUAGAUGGAUGUGAGUGGUCAGCUUCAUGCAAUAGUCAGGAAUAAAACUUCCAGUAGAAUGGGUUUGAAAGUGGUGAAAAUUGUCUUGUCAUCUAAUAUGUUUUCAGUCACUUUGUUGUCCAAUCUUUUAUCUACCUUGUAUUUAGGAUCAAUGAGAACUCCUUAAUGGUCUGUUUUCAAUACUAUUAUCAGCUGUCAUAUGAGUUUCUCGCUGUGUCUGGCAGUACGGAGUGCUGCCUUUUGUACAUAUCUGUAUAUGAUUAAAAUGUGUACCAUUAUGUAGCAAGUACUGAGAUCUAGAUUCUGUACAGUUGCAUUUGUUACUUGUAGUUUCUGUUCAAGUACAAUAGUCUGUCUGACUUAAGGAAUAGACUGUUGCUCCUAUAAUAAUAAGAGCAUUGUGAUGUGUAACAGAGUAGUGAUUGUAAUUCAUUUUGCCACAACAGAAACCAGACAACAUAGGGUUAACCUGUUAUAUCUUGUGAGCAGGGCUAUGAUAAUGUAAAAGGGGGAAUACUGUAAAGUAAAUCUAUAAAUUUCAUAUGAGUGACUAAACUUUUAGUUGCUUUCACUCUUGUCAUGUGGAAUAAACAUCCAGCCCAGUUUGAAGAACUUUACACAGAAAAUUUGAAUUUUUACAGGUGAUGCCAUUUUAAAUAAAAGUCUAUAAGACUACAGUAUAUUCUUAAUGUAGAAUGCAAGUUAGUGAUAACUUGCCAUGUCCCAUUGUUAAUGCAGAAAAGUGCAGUUAGUUUGUAUACACAGUGCCAUAUGCACCAUAUACUAGAUCCUUUUCAGUGAAGGAAUGUGUAUUAGGCAAGACUUGCUUGCUUUUGGAACAAAUUGUAGAUUUUAUUAUAGCUGUGGGAGGAUAUGAUCUGAUGGGGUUUGAUAUUAAAGCUUUACAUACAUAAUUAUGUCCAAUGGAUUGAUAAUUAUGCUAUUCUACUUAAGUAUUUAUUUUCUGUAAGUUUUAAAUAAGGAAUUCAGUCAUUGCAACUAAUACAAUUAAAAUGUAUGGAAGGCCUCUGAGGGCCACAAAUAAUACUGUGAUAUAGUGUUGUUUUAAGUUUAUUUGUGAAGUACACCCUGAGGCCAGUGAGGUUUACUUGUCUGCUAAUUGUGAAGGUUACCCAUUAUUGGUGGUUGUAUUACACUGUCCAUACUGUCUCUGUCUUCAUUAUUUAUUAUUUUAAUGAACUUGCUGUACCCAUAUUUCCUUUUGUGGCUACUGUCUUUGAAAACUCUUUCUUUGCUUUACAUUUAUUUGAUUCAUUCUGUUAGCCAGCUGUAAAAUACUGCUUUCUGUCUGUCUCUCUGGGAUGAUUAGAGACAAUAUUUUUUAUGGUAUCAUUAGACAUGUGUUUUCUAUAUAUUUGUUUUAAAUUUAUCUCUUACCAAAGAUUGACACAGAGCUAGGUUAGAGUUAUGUUCAAAUUGUGCAUGAAGCAAGAAAAUCCCUUGUUGUAUAUUACCCAGCAGUCUUACAUUUCUGGUCAUGCAAGAGAAAAAUUGUACAAUUUAGCGUUGUUUAUAUUAUAAAAUUGCCACAUAGUUUAUGACCAGCACAGUUUGGACAACUUUAUUUAGUUGUUAGAGAGAUGUAGGAGCCCACCACAACAGUAUCAAGUUCAUCAUUCACCUGUGUAUCAUCAGCAAGUGACCGUUUAAGUGGUGGAUGUGUUGACAGGAUAAUAUUGUUACUAAGGUACUAACAUAACUUUAUUGUAUGUUUGUCAGCUCCAUCAAGACUUGCCAGGUACAAAAUACUCAUAUGAUGACAUUGUUGUUUUCUUUUAUGAUUGUGAUGCUUUCAAAAAUAAAUUGUGUUACAGAAA